AUGUUUUGGAUUCAAUACGCAAUUUUCGACGUCCGUGGCAAGCAUCUUUCAGAAGCCCGCCACUGGUCAGCGCCAGAAGUCUUCGGACCUCGCGCACACUUUUCGACAUCGCCCCCACCUGCCUCUCUCCUUGUGAGGGAUGUGAAGAGGCGGGAUGAAGGCGUGUAUAGAUGUCGUAUUGACUUCCGGAAUACACAAACCACUAGCUUUAGAUACAACCUUACUGUUGUAGUGCCACCAGAAAAGCCUGUGGUUGUGGAUCGAUGGGGUCGAGUCAUCAACACUACGACCCUAGGACCUCACGAAGAAGGAGACGAUGUGCUGUUGACGUGUCGAGUCCUUGGAGGUCGACCCGAGCCCUCAGUUCGGUGGCUUGUUAAUGGUGUCUUAGUAGACGAAGAGUAUGAACACAACACAGGUGAUGUUAUAGAGAACAGACUUAUGUGGCCAGCAAUACGCAGAGCGGACUACGCUGCCGUUUUUACAUGCCAAGCGGCGAAUUCACAUCUGGUACCACCAAAAGAAGUAUCCCUGGUUUUGGAUAUGUAUUUAAGACCAUUGACCGUAGAGAUUAAGAAGCCAGCUGAGCUGGGUGAAGGCGGUGUCUUGACGUCAGAGAGGCGGUAUGAAGUCUCCUGUGAAUCCGCGGGAAGCAGACCACCAGCCGUAAUAACCUGGUUCAAGGGAAAGCGGCAAUUGAAGAGAAUAACGACGAAACAAAUAAAACAAACAUGGAAUUAA